AAAAUACCUGAGACCGUCAAAUUGCCCGGAGGCAACAAUUUUGUUUUCUCUGUCCCUGCGGUUAGCCCUGUUGAGUCAGUUGAGAUUGACGGUAAGAAGAUUCCCAAGGCCCCAGCAGGUAAACCCUUGGAACCAAGCAAGGACACCUGGCAAGAGAUUAAAAAACCCAAUUAUUUGACCGUUUCGGGCCCCCUGAAAGCACCGCACGCGUCAAUGUCUGUACAACCUGCCCCGAAGGUUGGCGGAGAUCCAUUAAUCUUUGUCUACAAGAAACCUAACGCUCCGACCCCUACGUUCCCCAAUGCCGUAAAGCCUCAGUACGUACAGGAAGUCCCUGAAAAUGAGGAGAUCAACCAUGACAUAGUCUUUACGACCAAACCC